CAAACUCGGAACGAGUCAGUGAGGAUCCGUGGCUCCUCUUUGCAGUGCACGUCGAAAUCUCAGGGAGAGUCUUUCGUCUUUCUCUCUCUCUCUCUUUCUCUCUCUCUCUCUCUCUCUCUUCCUCUAUCUCUUUCUAUCUAUCUAUUUCUUUCUCUAUCUCUCUCUCUCUUCUCACUCUCUCUCUCUCUUUUUCUUUCUUUCAUCUUUCUCACCUGCUCUCUUCUUUUUCCUCUUUUCAACAUUUUUUUUUUUUCUUUCGAAGCACUCCUAUCUCCUCUUGCGUCAUUUUUCUCCUUUACCCACAAGAUCAUCAUCGUCGUCGUCGUCGUCGUCGUCGUCGUCGUUGUAGUCGAUUCUUCUCCUCUCAAAGACUCUCACCUUCCCCUCUUGUUCCCUCUCAAAAAUCCCUACCACCUCGAUAACUCGUUAACUCACUCAUUCACUCUUCCCCCUCUUUCUCUCUCUCUCUCUCUCUCUCUCUCUCUCUCCCUCCCUGUCUCUCAUUUUUUUUCUUUCCCUCUCACCUGUCCGUUCAUCUACUUGCUCGAAGACUCCCGUCGCGCGGCAUCUCACUUUCGAAUUUUUAUGGCAGCGUACACAACACGCUGCCUCUCGCGAGACCGUCGAGUUUCUAUCGGCUCGGCGCAAUCACGUGGAGGAUCCACUUAGUUUUCGUAAAAGUCAUCGAUGCUAUUUCGUCGUCGUCGUCAUCGUCCUCGUCGUCGUCUUUGUUGUCAUCGUCAUCGUCAUCGUUAUUGUUAUUAUUAUUGUCAUCGUAUUAUUACCGAAGCAACGGCAACGGCUAACAACAACAACAAUAAUAACAACAACAACAACAACAACAACAACAACAAUAACAACGACAACAGCAAGGAUAGACGAUAAUCAUUUCGUCUGAUUCUAUCAUCCCUAUCAGCAUUAUUUCAUCCUUCGUUUGCGUCGUUUAUCCAAGAAAAGGAGAUAUUAUUCAGGGUGGGCCAGGUCGAUGUUCUACACGGCUCCGAGGGAAUCGAGUGACGCUUCACUUCCGUCGGGAACAGUUUCGGUCGGGAGGAAGCUCAUAUGGAAUGGCAUCGUGUGGAUCCUUGCCGAGGAGAAGGGGGCCGAUCGCGAUAACGAUGCUCGUCGUUUUGACGAGUGCCGUGUCAGGCGGCUUUUGUCCGCCACGAUGUCGUUGCGACGACGAAACCCUAAAGGCAUCAUGCGCUUACGCGGAUCUCGAAUUCGUACCGAUCCAGCUCAAUCCGGAGAUACGACAUUUGGAUCUGUCGAACAAUCGCGUGGCAAACCUACACUUAACAUUUUGUUUCUACGGUAACCUGGAAAGUCUCGAUCUUAGUUCGAAUCUGAUUCGUACACUUGGGACGGACAAUUUCGCACUUCAAACGAGCCUUUUAACCCUCAACGUUAGUUCGAAUUCCAUCAGGACAAUAGCGAAAAAUGCUUUGAACGGUUUGAAAUCAUUGAGAGAGUUGAAUCUGGCUGACAACAACAUAACGGAGAUGGACGAGCAAGCGUUCAAAUAUACCAGCGAGUUAGAAGUUCUCGAUCUCAGUGGUAACUCCAUCACAAGUUUGCCUAAAGAUCUGAUGAAGAAUCUACACAAGAUAAGAACGUUACUUCUAAAAAGAAAUUCUCUUUUGGAGGUACCAGCCGAUAAUCUGGCUUUGGCACCGAGCCUGGAGAACGUCGAUCUUUCGGAGAAUCUUAUUCAGGAAUUAACAAGAGACUCCUUGCCGUCCUUACCGUCGUUGGUCUCGUUGAAUUUAGCGGACAAUGUGAUCAGAAGUAUCGCCGACGAUGUCUUCGACCGAUUGCCAGGUUUGUUGCGUCUCGAUCUCUCGGGAAACAACUUGACCUCGGUGCCGACUGUUGCAUUGGCCAGACUUAAUGUUCUUUCGAGUUUGAUACUCAAUCGUAAUCCCCUUGGUACAUUACGUCCUGUGGCCUUUCGCAAUCUCUUCGAACUGAGAAGUCUCGAACUCGACGAUUGCACGCUUGAGAAUAUCCACGCGAGAGCGUUUGCGGAUAAUGUCAAUCUCGAAAGGAUCUCGUUAGAUGGGAAUCGCGAACUCAAGGAAUUACCUGGACGUGUAUUGUACGGUGCUCGAUAUUUAAAAUGGGUUUCCCUGCGUCGUUGCAGUCUCGCGACUCUUCAACCAACGCAGUUUCCGGUUGACGGUCUCUCCUUGCUACGAGUCGGCGGGAACCCUCUCGUUUGUAACUGUUCGGUGCAUUGGCUCUGGAACGUUAUCAGAGCGGAAGAAAGGCGUAACGAGACGCGAUUGGAGCUCGACACGAACGACAUCGUUUGUACGGAUGAGGAAUUUGCUGGGAAACCACUGAUCGCCCUACCGGAAGGAUCCCUACGUUGCAGAUUGAGUCCUCUCUAUCUCAGCUUAUCCGCGGCUGGUUGCCUCGCGGCAACAGCCAGUAUCCUGGCAUUGAUAGCUCAUCUUACAAGGGCCAAGAGGAAGAAACGCUUGGCUUAUGCGGCACCAAACAGGCCAGAAUUUUUAGUCUACGUUGGUAGAAGUAACGAGGAAUUAGCGAAGAACGCGGAAUCAUGUAAUAGAAGAUUAUUGGCCCGGCACGAGGACACUUCCUACGACACGCCUAGAGCUAAAGCAGUCGUUAGGGUUCCUAGAUCACAAGAUUGUAACAUUUAUGAAACACCGAGGUACGCUCGGCCAGAAAGACGACUGGAUAUAAUAGAACCACCUACCUCAAUGGCUGGUAUUCAUGGAAGACAACAACAACAACAACAACAACAACAACAACAACAACAGCAACAUCAAUUUCAACAUCAAUAUCAACAACAGCAACAACCAUUGGAUGAGGGUGUCUACGCAGUAGCGGAUGUUACAGGUCUUCGAGAUGAGCCACCGGAAAUGUUAUCCCUUUAUCGUAUGCAGAAUACACGAAUGAACGUACAGCGCGCCGAUUAUGGUUACGAUUAUGAGUACGACUAUGAUUACGAGCCACCGCUUCCGGACAAGCCUCACGUUGUCUUUGUUUGAACGAAGAUGUGGAAGGGAAGUUAAUGUAAGACGAAUAGAGAUAGAGAUACUUAGAUAGAAAGAAAGAAAUAGACAAAGAGAAUGAGAGAGACAGAGAGAGAGAGAGAGAGAAAGAGAAAGAAAGAGAACAAGAGAAAGAGAGAAAGAAAGAGAAUGUGCGUUCCUUUGAUUUCGUUUUACGUUAAAAUGGUCUCGACCAAAUCGAGAUUCCAAUCGCGCUUUUCCAAGGAAUAUCUAUCUAUCUCUAUCUCUAUCUCUCUCUCUCUCUCUCUCUCUCUCUCUCCCUACACCUUCCUUUCCUCUCUCACUCUCUCUCUCUCUCGUCGUUUCGUUCGACGGGAACAGCUGCGCUUCUUCGAUCUUUUCGAGAGCCAACUUACUCGCCUCUCCCAUUCGCGUAUAGUGACUUUGGGAAUGUCUGAGAUAGCUCGUCGAUACCUAGUCUGUGUGUCUUCUUCUUCUUCUUCUUCUUCUCCUUCAUCUUCUUUCUAUAUAUAUAUAUGUGUAUGUGUACCUGUGUGUGUGUGUGUGUGUGUAUGUAUAUGUGUGUUCGU